AUGAAUAUUUUUUUAGGUGCUGGUAAAACAACAUUAGUACGACGUAUAUGUGAAACAUUGCUCCAACAAUCACAAUCAAUACCAUGCUAUGGUUUUUAUACAGAAGAAGUUAGAGGCGCUAGUGGCUCACGAAUUGGUUUUAAUGUUGUUACAUUAGAUGGACAAUCACGUACUCCAUUAGCACGUAUAGAUGAAUAUACAACAUCAUCAUCAUCAUCAUCAUUACCACGUAUUGGACAAUAUAAUGUAUUUGUUGAUGAAUUCGAACGUGCUACUUUACCAUUAUUAACAGACAUUCAAACACCAUGUAUAUGUCUAAUAGAUGAAAUAGGCAAAAUGGAAUUAUUCUCCAAUAAAUUCAAACAAAUAAUUCAAACAUUAAUUGAAAAACCUAAUUUAAUUUUAAUUGCUACCAUACCUAUUAAACCUUUACCAUUUGUUGAUAGAAUUCGUACAAGAAAAGAUUGUCAUUUAAUUACAGUUACACGUGAAAAUCGUUUUGGUUCAACAUUAAAAAAUGAAUUAAUGAUAUCGAUUGAAAACUUAGUAAAAAAUAUUUCAUAG